CUCCCGAUUAGGGUUUUGAAUUGAAGCGGGCAAUCCCAAAGAAAUGGGGUCGAGAGGAGCGAGCGUGUUGUUGUCGAGGGCCAGCAGAAUCAAAACGAAGCUGCAAUCGACGCUGGAGGCUAGCAUCAUAGAGGUGGAGGACGUAUCACACCAACACGCCGGGCACGCCGCAGUCAAGGGUACCCAAGGGGAGACUCACUUCAACGUGAAAAUCGUAUCUCCCAAGUUCCAGGGGCAGAGCCUGGUGAAACGUCACCGGAUGGUGUACGACGCCCUGGCGGAAGAGCUUCAGUCCGGGUUGCACGCCCUAUCGAUCAUCGCAAAGACGCCAGAAGAAGCCGCCCCUAAAUGACCCGACCCGACCCGGUGACGAUGGUUUCUGAAAUUCUAAUCGUUUAAUUUGAUAAUGAAUUGGUAUAUUAUAGACAGCGAAUCUUGAUUAUAAUUCGCAGAUUAAGGAGUUAAUUUUGCUUAUUGAGUGUUCUUACCUUGUAGCACUUAGCACCAAUUAUACCAUAUCUUCAAUAAUUCACUUGGUACCAUUCCAAGAAAUGGAAAAUUUAAAAAGUUUUUCAAGUUUGAGUGUUGUCUUGCACUACCUCCAAACAUUUUAUCCAAUUACAUGAUAUCCAAUUACAUGAAUAAAAACAAUUUUUUUGA